AUGUCAUAUAUUAAGAAAAUCAUCCUUGUGGUUACGUUUGCAAUUGUAGCUGGUGUCAUAUAUGCACUCUCAACACCUUGGUAUCUUAUCACAAAUGGUCAAACCUAUUAUUACUUCAAUUGGUUCACUGUAUCUGAUUAUGAUUUUUACAUUCAUGUUUCUAUCAUUGAUUACAUCGGUGCUCUCUGCGAUCUGUUCGAUCUAUCUGUUCCUUCGAAAGUCAGUGCAUAUGAGCAGGUUGUCGUGCUUCACAUCGAGUUUGACACUGACCAUGCUGAGAACGAUUGGAGGUGGCAGCCACUCAAUGGUUUCUGGAUGUGUUUGGCACUGAUCAUUGCUGAAUCGUUGAUUCUGUUGCUCUGCAUAUUCUACUAUUACAAGAGUUUCAUUCUUACAAAGAUUCCAGAGGACAAUGGAUUCCUCAUUUUCUUUGACAACAUCAAGCGAAUUAGAAGACUAAGCAGACGAAGACGUACCUACAGCUUUAAACAACGAGUACAAAACGAUACAGAUACCAACGAUCUCCUCCUCAACAACUCUAUUCCAAAAUUUUCAAUUCCAGAUCUCUCUAAUAUCAAACAGCAAUCAUCCAACAACAACAUUAAAAUUGGGACAUCUAGAGUAGCGAUUAACAGUGACAAAGAAGAAACAGUAAAUUUAGUAGAUACCUCAAUUAAUAUAACAACUCCAUCAUCGACGCCAACAACAACAACAACAACUACUACUACAAAUCAAUCAUAUAAUAUUUCACAACCACCUACAUCAUCAUCAUCAAUUCUUGAAAAUAAUAAUAAUAAUAAUAAUAGUAAUAAUAUAUUCAGUAAACCUAAUCCCAAUUCACUAUUCUCUAUUAAUAUAAGUAGUGAUAUUAAUUAUGGAAGUAAUCUUUUUGAAUAUGACGAUAAUCAGCCCUCUAUUAUUCCCCCACCUCCACCUCCUUCCACAAGCUAUCUAAGAAUUGGCCAAUAUUUGGAAAACUUUAGUAACAAUACUGUUGAUAAAAACGAUACCAUCGCUGGAUAUCAAGGUGAAUCAUUGAUAUAG